ACGUGAUAAGCCCAAGCAGCGAUAGAAAACUGGCUGAGAAAAUGUACGCUCCUUUUUUGCGAAAUUUGAUUUGUGUUUUCGACGGCUAUUAUUGAAAGAAUCUAUUAGAACAGUGGCCCUUUGAUAUAAAGAAAUCGAAGCAAACUGCGCGGAAUAGAAAGUUUCAACACAAUCAAAGAAACGGUGCAUAAUCGAAAGUAUCCAAGGAGGGAGUGGCAAGUGGUGCACUAACGGGUGGUGGUGGCGGCACGCAUUCUAUUUAGGUUCUCUGCUGAAUGUCCUAUUGGCGUUUGUUGUGGCUGGCGCUCAAAAUGAUUUACCAGCUGCUGUGCUGCUCCGUGAGUCUGAUCUUCUUCUGCUUCAACGUAUUCUGGCUCUUUUGCAACCUGGCCAUCCCGUGGUGCACUCUUACCUUGCUCGUUGUGUGCAUCGCCUCCAAGUUCGUCAAACUGCAACGAAGUCCCAACGAGAAGCGACUCCUAAGCCUUCUGAGUUCUCCAGAGGAAUGGCCCAGUUACUGGCCAAUCGCCAACCGGGCAGCCGGCUUUGAUGCGCCCGAAAACUCCAAGGCAGCCAUUAAGAAGUGCCUCGCACGUGGAUAUCGGAACGUGCUUCUGGAUGCCGGCCUCACGUCCUGUGGUGAAAUAGUCGUGGCUAACCCCACAAAAAUAAACGUUGCACAGCCGCUUGUGGAGUUGCAAAAGCUAAACAUCACGGAGCAACACCCGAUGGGGUCGCAGUACGAAGCGGAAACGGUGGCUCCCCUCAGGCAAUUGUCCGAUUUCCUGGAGGCAGAGGCUGCUGAGACCACAGUGUUUUUGCGUCUGCACGACAACAGCGCCAGGAUGAUAAACGAACUGCAGAAGUUUAUGACUGCUGACGAGUCGUUCACCCAGCGCACAAUUGUCAUCAGUCGAUCACCACUAGCGAUUUACCAGCUCCGAAAACUUAAGCCCGAAAUAAUUUGUGGCCUUUGGCACGAGACCUAUUUGUCACUGGCCAUCCUCAAGUCUUCUACACUUAUUACCUCAAUCUAUGGCGCUAUUUUUCGCAACAUAAUUGCACCCGUGAUAGGAAUAAGCGUAGUUUUUCUCAGCAAAGAUGAGAUUAACUUCCACAUUGCCGAUCUUUGGCGCAACGUGGGUGUCCGUCCAAUAGUCUAUAUGGUUAACUCACCCAACGAGAAAAGAUACUUCCAAAAGACCAUGAAGAUCCAGUACCUUACAGACUCGUUGCGGUCAGAGCCGCACCUACUUAUGAAAGCCUAAGAGUCCUUCAGGAUUUGAACGAACGAUAACGACUUAGAUCGACGCACACACAUACACAAACUGUUUGCAUUUAGCUGGCAGAGCUUAGCCCUUAAGACAAACUUAAGUACGCAUGUGUUUUUGUAGAAGCUUUAGAAAGUAUUAUCCCAAGCUUACCGGUACCAGUGAAAUGGAAGAUAUAAUUUAGAUAGUUUAUGUGCUUUACUUUUGUUUACCUGAAGCUUUUAUUCAUUUUAUUGACGUCCUAAUUUAUUGAUGUUGUUAUUUAUGGUUUUCUUUUGUUUAACGACUCCUGUAUUUGAUACGAAAAUGUUCUCAAAUAUUUGUAUGAUGUACUAUAUUUCUACUAUGUACUCAACACAAUCAUAUGCCUUAUAUGGUGUAUGAUUUUUGGAUGCUAUAUAUACAUACAACAAGCUUUCCUCAAUUCCCCUUGUUACCCGAAUGUAUUCCAUCAAAUCCCUACAAAAUGUUUACCAGCAUUAUAUGUAUAUGUCUAUACCAAAAACCAGAAUUAAAAACUACUUUUAUUGUGAUUAUAAAAGAAAAUAAAGAUGAUUGCAACGAUUG